CGAAGGCGAAGAAGAACGAUUUCCGGUAUAAACAAGAACAUGUGUUAAAUAACUCUCCUUGUGGAAGCUGGCGUCUGUCCCCACGAGCUUCGGACGCCGUCCUGUCGCUCGCUCUCCGUGAAUUGUGCUCGAGUUCCGACAUUGUCCCCGAAUGGCGGCGUCCGCCCACGUCUCCGGCGUCCGCUCGUUGUACAAGAGGAUUCUGGUCCUGCACCGGUUCCUGCCGAUAGACCUGCGAGCGCUCGGUGACCAGUACGUGAAGGACGAGUUCAGGAGACACCGAGGCGCGUCGGCCGCGGAGGCGAAGGGCUUCGUGGCGGAGUGGCAGCAAUACAAGGACACCCUGCAGACUCAGGUGCUGGAGUCGGCGGGGGAGCGGCUCGGCGCCGUCAAGUUCGGAGCCGAUCUCUCCGACAGGAAACUCAGCGACUUCCAGGAGGACCAGAUAGGCCAGCUGUACGAACUCAUGCUGGAGUCCACCAAACCCAACAGACAGUUUGACAUCCAGGAGGACGGCAAGUGAAGCUGCCAUUCAGACCCAACGAUAUUCCCCUCUGAGUGCUUCAGACGAAGAGCGCUCCUCAAAGGCCGAGUGGAGGCUUUUAAGAAUAUUUGAUUAUAUUUAAGUGCUGCAGUAGUAUCUCCGUGUUCCUGUGCUUGUCUCGUUUACUGCAACGAUAAGAAGAAGUUACUCGUGCUGCCACGCACGUGCAUUAAGAUGGCACUAAAUAGUUUCUUCUGUCAACUGUUUUUUUUUUUCUUUUUCAUAUGAAUACCAUUGUGAGCUCAUGGCUGUGAAGGAAAGGCUCUUCUGCACAUGCUCACAUCAGUAAUGUAUUCUGUUAGCCUCAGUGGUGAUCCCAUUGAUGGGAUGAAACCCACAUUUCAUUGUCCAUGUGGAAUUAUGCACUGUCGAAUCCAAAACCUUCACAAGAGCCACGAAUUGUGUUGAGGAGGGGGUUAGAGCUUUUACAGAAGUCAUCCCACGGUCGUUGAUUUGCCAUUUCCCCUCUCACAGACAUCACGUCAAUGAACAGGAAUCAGUCAUGCACCAUACAAAUGUGCCGACAGAAGUCCAACAUCAUUCUGAAUAAAGCUGCCACUGCUUUGAA